GCAAACUAAACUUGAUGAGAACCGAUGGCUUCGGGGCCGACGUGAUGUUGUUCAAAAGUUCUUCAGUGUCCCAAAAUGAGUUCCGCUUCUACUCUGACCUGGAUUCCGAUGUUCGCUACAUCAGUCGUGAGGUCCAAGGGGCAGCUCUCACCAAUAUCUCUUUAUGCUCGGUCUUGAUCCGGGACAUACACACGUGUUUACAGCCUCCUAUGGUCAGGGCGAAGGACGUCAUCAAGUGAGAAGAUGUUCCACCAAGGAAUACUAUACGCUUACCGGGUCUGUUAGGCAUGCUAAAGAAGAAAGGAGACGGAUGGACCGAGCCCAGAUGACCGACCUAUUCUUGAACAUUUCGACGGCAAAAACCGUGUCGCCCUUAGUUUAUCAUCGGUACCUCACGUACAUCCUUGACAGUCUGCCACGUAUUCUGCGGUUCAACGGACCAAUAGUGCCGAAGGCCGUUUCCAUCUGUUCCAAGGCCUGCAGAGGGCGAGAGCCGAGAUGCAACAUCAUCACCAACGGUGGUAUAAAAUACAACAAAGAAAAAAGGAAGCAUACCUAACAAAACAGAAAGAAGAGAAGAAAAAACGAGAGUGAAAAAGAGGUCCGGGACAGAAAGGCAAACUAAAGAAAACCAAAGGUGAGA